AUGCAGUGGCGAAAACUUACCAGGUUGAAGUCUUCGCCGGGCGGACAGUCGCGCGCUCGGAGGAUGCUCUGCUGCGGCCGCAGGAAGGAGAAUGGUCGCGCGGCACCGGACUUGACGGCGUCGCCGGGCCGCGCGCCGCCCGGCCCGCCGCAACUGCCGCGUGCCAACCACGCGCCGCCCUGCGUUCUGCAGCCAGACUUCCGAAAGGUAUCAGGUGUAAGCAAUGAAAUAUUCAGACAAAUUGAAAUGGUGGAAAAUGACCACGACUCGACCACGGCCGCGGCGCUCGAGGCGGUGGAGCGCCGCGGCGAGAUGAUCGUGAGGAUAUUGGAAAUAAGACAAGUGGGCCGGAACAAUAUUGAAGCCGCUAAAAAGUUCUUUUCACUGCAGGACUCUCGUCACAUAGUUCAACUGGUCGAGAUCGUAAAGCGUCCUGGACAAACCCUCGGACUGUACAUAAGAGAAGGAGAUGGAGGUGGCAGGACUGAUGGAGUAUUCAUAUCGCGGAUAGCAUUGGAAUCCGCUGUGUAUAACAGUGGUUGUUUGAAGGUCGGAGAUGAAAUCCUGGCUGUGAAUCUGGUGGACGUAAGGCGGAUGUCUCUUGAUGAUGUUGUGAUCAUCAUGUCAAUACCCAGAAGGCUGCUGCUAUGCACAAGGCAGCGGAAAGGUAAAUCCGGCCCUGGGUCCCCAUCAAUGCCUCGGUCCGAGCAUAAACCGCCUCCAGUAGUGGUGUUGAAAAGAGACUGCCGAGAUGAUGAUGACCGGGAUCGUGUUGAUGGACUAUAUUCUCAACAUGGAACUCUUCGCUCCGCCGGUGGACCAGGCAGCGCCGUGCGCCCUGUCGGUGACGGAAGAGAAGAAAGGAGUCGGUUGCAACUUGGUGCACUCUCUCCCGACUCUACUGCUCUCGACUUGUACUAUAAUCCAAGACCCCCCUCCGAUCAUUCGACAUGGAGUUAUCGUCCGCCGCCACCCGUUAUUACAGAACAACCUAAGUCUGCAGCGACGCAUUUUGUACCAUAUGAGCGAUCAUAUCCGAAUACUCUGGAAAGUCUGGCAGAGAAAGUACAUUCAUUAUACCCAGCUGAUAGUGGAAGUACCCGUUUCGGUGGAAGAGUUCCCCGUUCUGGUUCCGAGCAACAAUUGCCUAGAGCUGAAACACACUCGGAUUUCGGUCGACACUCCUUGCUUAGAUCUAGUUUGAAAGCUUCAGCUGCUGCCGGCGCUGGAGCAUCAAGCCUCUCAAGAUAUAAUCAGAGAUACGUAGGUGUUGGUAUGACCGGAGCCGGCUUGACAAGUAGUGGACUAAGUUCUGGUUUAGGCGGGACUGGUCUAGGAGGACCUGGUCUUCCUUCUGGAUUAUCCGCUACUGGUCUUAGCGGACUAUCCGGCUCAAGUCUAGUGGGAUCUGGCCUAACAAGUUCAGGAUUAGGUCCUGGACUUUCCGGAGCUGGUCUAGGAUCGACUCUCGGUGGAGGUUAUGGUACUAGUGGAUUAGGACUGCCAUCAUAUAGUAGCAAAUUCGGAACGACAAGAAGAAAUCGUAGUUUGGACUAUUCGUCUGAUACAGAAGCUACUGCUCCUACAAGGACUCCAUAUUAUUCAGGUCUCAGUGGAUACAGGAGUAGUACUUUAGGCAGAGACAUUGGAUCCAAAUUUAAUUCACUACCUAGGGAUGUAAGAGGAACUGGUCAAAGGUUGGGAUUAAGUAGGCGCGCAGGAAGUGUUCUUCAAGAUGAACCAGAACCACUGUCUUCUCGUUUGGAUCUACGUUCUUCCAGAGGUCGUCUACCAUCAUCGCCAUCAGUGUUCACUUCGGAUGAGUACCGCGCUUGGCUGUCUCGCGCUCCAUCCACUAGCGCACUCUACGAGACGCUACGUCCGCGCUUGCCAACACACUACUCUGCAGAAAAUAUUCAUGAUGCACUUAAAAAUAUGGAAAGCGGUAGCCGUUUCGGUUCAACCCUCGGGUUGGCUGGUCGUCGGAUUGAACGACCUCGCCACUUGCCAGCCCGUUCGUUGUCUUCGCAACAAUUAGGACCUACUGCUGGAGGAUCUCCCUCGGCCCGUCGCGUCCGACAACUACUGGAGUUGGGUUCAAGAUUCAACUGUCCCAACCCGAGUCCAGUACCUACUCCCAGUUCUCGACAUCAGCGACAUUUGGACAUAAAUCCUAAUGACUUUUUAAAAUACAAAGUGGAGAAACCAAGUUCAGGAGGUCUAUCGGCAUCCAUGACCGGUCUAUCCCGCCUCUCUGGCGGGGUAUCAGGGAUGCUUUGGGUACACUUGCUAGCUGGCAGAGGUCUUCGUCCUGCGCCCUCGGGCUCUUCGCCUGGCUCCCCACCCUCGGGACCAUUAGCACCUGCUCAACCGCCUGUAGCUCCAAGAGAUUUAUACUGUGUGUUGGAAUGUGACAGAGUACAUAAAGCUCGUACUGUGGUCCGUACUGGUGAGCUCCAAUUUGACUGGGACGAGUCUUUCGAGUUGGAGUUAGUAGACAACCGACAGUUGGAUGUGCUGGUCUACUCGUGGGAUCCUCAGCAUAGGCACAAGCUUUGUUACCGGGGUGCUGUCACUCUACCAGAUUUGCUCUCGCGCGCUGCUUCUCAUCAACUUGCCAUCAAGAUGGAGCCACGUGGCACGCUAUACGUGCGUGUGCGGCACACGGAGCCAGUGGAGCUAUUCAGGCGGCGUGCGGCGCCGACACGAGCUGCUGCGUUAUUCGGCGCCGAGCUGGAGACCGUGGUAGCGCGGGAGGCGCGACCGCCGCACGCGCCGCCCGUGCCCCUCAUACUGCGCCGCUGCGUGGAGGAGAUCGAGCGCAGGGGGCUCGACAUCAUUGGUCUCUAUAGGUUAUGUGGCUCGGCAAGUAAGAAGCGAAUACUGCGAGAAGCGUUUGAAAGAAACGCGCGUGGUGUGGAGUUGGCGCCCGAUUCAGUUCCUGAUAUCAACGUUAUUACCGGACUCUUGAAGGAUUACCUGAGGGAACUGCCUCAGCCUCUAUUCAGUCGCUGCCUAUUUCAAAUGACCUUGGAUGCACUGGGUGUAUGCCUCCCUGAUGAUAGAGAAGGAAAUGCUCGUCUGAUGGCAUCGAUAGUGGAAUGUCUCCCUCGCGCCGCCAGAGCCACCUUGGUGUUCCUGCUCGACCAUCUAGCUCUGGUCGUGGCAGCACAAGACAGAAACAAGAUGUCGCCUCAACACCUGGCCGUUGCUCUAGCACCACCUCUUAUGUUGCACUCGCAGCCGUCCAACGAGAUGGACUACCAGAGGCCUAUACACGUGUUGCAGUGCUUGCUACAAAUAUGGCCCGCACCGAAACGUUCAGUUCGGCGCGGCGAGCCAGCAACCGGGCCGCGUGGAAGCAAAGUCAGUGCGUCGCUAGCGGGCUCAGUCACCCUCCCCCCAGGCCGAGUUCCGCCCUCAGUCAGUCCAUAUCGGCCUCAAGCGGCAGCAUCAGCAGCAUCUCCGCCGCCAGCUCUCUCGGGUCGGCCCGUGCCAGACCGCUCGCCGCCCGUACAUGUUCUCUCAUCAGUCAGGGGCGGCCAAUAUCGUCCGCAGUCGCCUCUCCGCGGGCCUCUGCCCGCUCCGCCUCGCUCCCGUCAGGUGACAGUCUCGUCUCCAGGUUCGCCCAGCAGUAGCUCCGGCAGUCAUAGCCCGGCCGACACCAUCAAGCACGGCGGCUCCGUCUCGUCGAUACUGCGCCAGCCAGACCGCGCGUGCUCGCCUCGCAUGUCGCCAAGGAAUUCCCCCCGUGCAUCUCCCCGGGAUUCCCCGCGUACUAGCACGCCGCGCGAGAUCCCCUCCAGGGAGAUGACGCCACGCGAUCUUACUCCGAGGGAGAUGACGCCGAGAGAUCUGACGCCCCGUGAGUCGGGAUCGCGCGAGUCGCCGCGGUCCGCGAUCCCCGGCACGUCGGCCGGCCUGGCCGUGACGCUGAACAUUACCGGCGGGGGGCUGAGCCCCCGGUACAGCUCCACGAACCCGUUCCUGCAGCAGUACGAUGCGGAGGCGGAGGCGGAGGCCUGGCGCGCCGCCGACAUCUUCUCCUCGCCAUCCACGCACACAUAGUGCCCAUAGCGAAUUGAGAUUUUCUAGUCAAUUUUUUUAAUCGAAUCGAAAGAGUGCUACGAUUCCGCUGUAUAUUAUGUUGUUUAUUGACGAGCGUGGUGCGCGUUCGUGUAAUUGUUAUAUAUAGAGCGAGUAUAUUACUGUGAGAAUGUAUACCUGCUGACGCGCGAGAUGCAGUACUAAUACUGCCUCGCCGGCCGCCGCCGCUCCGCCCCGUAGCCACUAUAGUCUUUAAGCCUCGCACUGACGAUGCCUCCAAACGGAUGUCGUCCAGGUGGAUCCACGUACAACUUUUUACAAAGUU